AUGGGAGUAUUUAAUUCUAAACAAUCUACAACAAAAUUACCGGAAUAUCCUCAUUUAAAAAUUUCAAAUUUUCCGAAAUCUGAAGGAGAAACUAUAACACUCAAAGAUGGUCGGUUAUUAGGAUUUAAAGAGUACAAAUUUCAACAUAAAACUUCACAUCCAAUUGCAAAUGAUUUCAAUAAGGAACAAGUUAUAUUAUUAAUUCCUGGUUUGCCCAGUUCAAGAUUCUUUUGUCACCCACAAGUUCUCGCUUCUUUACCAAAUAAUCUCUCUUCUCAUAAUGAUAAAUCAAAUGAAUCAUUAUCUGAUAAUAAUACUUUACAGAUUAUAUUAUAUGUAUUAGAGAGACCAGGCAUUGGUUUAUCUACUUUUAUUAAGGGAUCAUUUUUGGAUUUUGCUCAAGAUAUUAGUGAAUUCUGUGUUCAAAAACAUAUUACGAAUUGUUCUUUAAUAGCAUACUCUGCUGGUGGUCCAUACGGUCUUGCCGCUGCUUAUGCUAUAGGAAAACCUUCUUUUAACUCUAAUAAACCUUUAAUUACAAAAGCGGCUAUUAUUAGUUCAAUUGCACCUUAUAAUGCACCUAAUCUGACUGUUAACAUGCCUUGGACAUUAAAGCUUGCUUGGUGGUUAACAAAGAAUGGAAUUGGAUUAUUAUCAGCGAUAGCAAGAAUGGAAUCAUAUACCGAUAUAAAAGAUCCAGUUAAAGCAAGUAGAAAUGGUCUUAGCACCGGGCCCCCAUCAGAUUUAAAAUGUGUUGAAAAUAUUGAAGGGGUUGAAGAAAUGUUUAUUGAAAGUUCAUUAGAGAUGUAUUCUAGAGGUCAAAUUGAAACUGAAUGUUAUGAAUAUUCUUUAUGGGGAAAAGAUUGGGGGUUUCAACUGAAUGAAAUUUGUGAUGGUGUAAAAUGUAAAAUUUGGCAUGGCGAAGAAGAUUGCAGAACAACGGUUUCUAUGGGUAAAUAUAUUGCUGAACAGAUUCCUGGUUGUGAAGCUAGUUUUGUUGAAGAAAAAGGUCAUUAUCUUUAUUUUGAAGUUUGGAAUGAUGUUAUUGAUUGGUUGAUCACGUCAUAA